GUUCAGUUACCGUCCGACUUUGGUCGAAACCAGACCAGCAGUUGAUUAUUUCUUCUGUGACUUUUGCUUUUGGUUUUGGUUUUGGCCAGCUCCGAAUUCAAUCCGAAUUGUACCAUUGCUUUCCUGGUUUCAAGUGCCGACGUUCAACUACCCAUUUUUCAAGUGAAGUGGUUCCCUUGUCAAAAGUGUCGUCUCCAAUCCGAAUUUUCCCUCGUCGAGAGGAGACAGAAAUCAUCGACAGUGUCAAAGAUCCUCGGUGAAUUUGCAGUUUAGUUUUUACAGCCUCGUCUCUCUCUAUCCACUAAAUUUCAUUCUUAAAAUCGAAAUCAUUUCCACGUCAUGGAAAUAAGUCCGAGAGGCAGCCGGACACGCCGGCGAUCCAUCUCCAGGGGAGUCGGAGUCAUAGCCACGACGAUAGCGACAUUCCUGAGAUCGGUGGAUACCAGCAGCGGAGUGAUCGGCGGGCAUCAUCCCAGCGCUCACGCCCUCAGCUACAUCCUGUCACCCCACAGUCUGCACAAUGGCACAAUCGGGGGGUCUGGAGGACAGUCACUGGAGUAUGGGGGGUUCACCGAGGAGAAUUUUGAAGAAAUCGAAGCGAUUGAAUCAUCCGUUCCACCUGGUCAACCACCUGGUAAUCCAGCUCAGACGGUCAUCGAUAUCAUAGCCGUUUUUGGCGCCAUGUUUGUCGCCGCCGUUGCCAUCAUCCUCAUCACCGUCUACAUCAGCAAAUUGCGCAAGAGGCAGUCGAGUGCUUUAUCGACACCCGACGCGGAAGCGGCGUCUACCUCGCCAUCUUCUGACUGCUCGGCGUGUCCUCACAGCGGCGAUCCCGGAAGCCCCGCUUCAAUCGCCCAAUUCAACAAGGAAGUCCAGGACGCUUGGAGCGCUAUCGAUUUCGGACAGAAGCCCAGCCUGUGGCGCAAAACUAUCCGCAGCAUGAUUCUUCGGCUACGCGGGCAGGAGCAGCACAAGGAUGUUUACGUCAUGCCGCAGCACCUGAGGGAUCAGCUCAAGCAGAUGUACGUUUACUGAACUCUCGCGGCCCGGAGCUUUUUUUGAAUUUUCCUCAGCCCUCCUCUACUUUUAAAAAGUAUUUUGGCUACGCGAUAAUCGGGGGCCCGCCAAAUUUUCCCUUUUUUUAAAUCAAACGAACUAAAAAAAAGGAAAAGAUUUAAAAAUUUAAAAGAGUAUUAUAAUAACUACGACAAAAGAAAUUUUUUUAAAGAGAAAAAACGUUACCUGAAUGUAUACAACUUUGUACAUAAUAACGAAAAAAAGAAUGCGUGAAAGGAAUGAGAGAAAAUAAUCGUGACAAAAUAUUUUUUAUGCCGAUCGACAUUUUUAAAAGAUGUUUUAUUUCAAAAAAGUGAAAAAAAAUUAAUAACAACAAAAAAAAUUCUCUGCGACAUCUUUUCCCUAUUUGCGUCGAAGAAGAAAAUGGCGGGAAAAUGAAAACUAAUUUACGUAUUUUUCCAAAUGUAUAUUCAGUCGUCGUGUACAUGUGUCCUCGUGAAAUUCUGUACAGUCCCCCCUUUUUUAUUUUUAAAUAUGUGCGUGUAUGUAAAAUGUGGAGACAAACCGCGUUCAAAAUAUGUUUCAAAUCAUUUUUUUUUGACAGAAAUGGAUUACAGAAAAAUGCGAAAAUUUUAAAAA